AUGGAUGGAAGUGGAUGGGCAGAAGAAAGUUACGAUGCGGGAAUUGCUGGUGGUUGGGGUGAAGCAUCGUUUGUGGAAGCUGAUGAAUUCAAAGAGAGUCAACGUACCGAGAAAGUACCGUUUCCAGCAACAGUUAAAGAUCUUAGUCAAUUAGCAAACAAUGAAGAGAAACUGACAACUGGUAAAUACACCUUCAGCACGAUUCGAGUUGUUGGUCGUGUGAAAGAAUCGUUACAAACGGAUGGAGGACAAUCUAUCGAAUAUACAUUAGCCGAUUAUCAUGAUACGAAUGCCACAUUUCUCAUUAUUCACUAUAGAGGCGUGCUCGCGAGUGCUGCUGCAAAUUCAGAUGCAGUAGUAGAAGGAACAGAUGUUUCUGUUGUGGGAAAAUUGCGGAGUUUUAGUGAACGACUUUGUAUUGUUGCUUUUGAUGUUCGAGAGAUAGAGGAUAAGAGAGAGAUUGAUGCAUUUCACUUAGAAGCCCGACUUGCUCGACUUUUCUAUACAAAAGAUGUGCCGGACAUAGCGUUAUCAGAAAAAUGGAUAACUAUAUCUGAGGGUACAAUGUUACGUGUAAACGAUGAAGGUGCAGGACAAACAAAACAAACCAGUGAUUGGAGGAGUAAUGUUGGAUCUAAUCUAAAAGUAGCCAGUAAUGCAAUGCAACGGAAUGCAUUUUAUUCAGCUCCUGAUAAUAAUUGUCGUGGAUUAACUGGUCAGAAGGCUGAGAUAUUUAAAUAUUUACGUAGUAAUGGCGAUCCGGUUAUUGGAGCUAGUAUUGAUGAUAUACGCACUGGCAUUCCGAGAAAUCACUUCAAUUCAUUCACAUUUUCUGCUGAUAUGGAAUAUUUGGCUUCUGAAGGUCUGAUUUAUGCUACUUCAGAUGAUGAUCAUUAUGCAGCUAAUGCAUAG